ACCUGUGCACUGACUGCCCGCAAGCCUGGGGUUGCUUCUGCCAUCAUCCCGCAUUGCGAGCUUACUUUCUCCUCGCUCUCCCCGCCAUCAUCGGCGUUGCUCGCUGCUAUUUAUCGUUUCCCGCCCCUGGUGCCUCCGCCUUUUGCUCGCAACCGGUCGGCAUCUCGUCUCGGCUCACUUCUCCAGCGCUUUCUCCGCUCUCGUGUCUGGACCAUACAUUUGACUUGCUCUGCUGACAACUCAGCACCUCGAAAUCUAACCCGCUCGUCUCGUCUUCUCCUCUCUCACAUCCCUCGCACCACAUCAUAAUGAUGAACGGGCGUCCACACAAGCAGUCAAUGUCGGAAUUGAAGCUCCGUCGUCUGACGGAGCAUAAUCAGCGACUAAGGGAGGAUCUUGCAAGGCCACGGAUAAGAGUGAGUGAGGCUAGUGCAAGCCUGAUCCGAUAUUGCAAAACAACGAAGGAUCCUCUCGUUCCAUCGGUAUGGGGACCAGUAGCGAAGAAUGAGGACCCGUAUGCACAGCAAGGAACAGGAGGGGGUAAAUGUUGCGUUGUCCAGUGACCGUGUUCCUUCAUCGCAUUGCAUUUUCGCUACCCUUUUGCUGUUGUUACAUAUAUACCGCCGCUCUUUUUAUUACUGCCAGCCAGGUGUCGAGUUUCCGUCUCUAUUCUCAUAACAUUAUGAUAACAUGCUCUGCCCACGUCUUUCUGGCUAUAUGCCGGUGCGCACUUCCUAUGCGCCCUCGUUGGAAGUUUGCAAUCGCAAUGAUGUAAACUCCUGUUUCUUGUUGCCGUUUUUCCUUACAUACAAGGUCCGUGAGGGGGCCGCGAUUGUACUGUAGAACAAGGUCAACUCGCAUCUCUCGGAACGUCUAGCAGACCACGCGGCAGUCUCCCAACCCCCUUCCGGACGUGUGAAGUUCGCAUAGGAGUCUGUCACAUCCAUUCACUUAAGCGUUUUCGCUGCGUGCACCGAAAAUUAACGGAACGGACAACCCG